AUGGCGGACAACUAUGUCCUAGUCGAUCCGCUUUCUUCGAAGCCAAUUGAAUGUUGGAAAAAAUAUGUGAAACAAGGACGAAUUUGUGAGCCAAUGAAGCCAAUGAGGUUUGUUUUAGGGAUUAGAGAAGACCGAGAGGCCAAAUGGAACUAGGUUUUGAGGAUAAUUAAGCCUGGAACUUUAUUUUUACGAGGUAUGGGCUAAAAAAUGGCCCAAUGGCUGUUGACUCAACCCGAAUCACCCUUAUAUAAUUUUUGAUCAUUACUUUCAUUCAUUCAUUAUUAAUUUUCAGACUCGACACCCCAAUAUACGAUAACAAAAUCCGUGUUGUCUGUAUUUCUGACACCCACGAAAAAAUGCACGAAGUCCUUCCUUAUAUUCCCGAUGGUGAUAUUCUGAUCCAUUCUGGCGAUUUCACAAAUUGUGGAGAUAUUAGUGAAGUUAUCAAAUUCAAUGCUGAGAUUGGUAUGUUUUCUUUUCUCUUUUUAAAAACCAAUUUUCGUUGUUCGGCUGCGUGUUUGGAUUAAAAAACAAUAUAAAGCGAAGAAAACGGAAAAUGAAAUGAUAAUAACUGGUUGUUUGGAUAGUAUACCAAAUUGAUUGAGAUAGAUAUUAUAUUAUAACUAUAUAUUUAUAUGGGAUGAUCGAAAGUGUGACUUUUUGAUGAUAAAAAACAGAGAAUUUGGAAAAAAACCAUAUAAAUUGGGAGAAUGGGUUCGGCGAAUUAGAAAAGCAGUAGACACAAAUCACAAAAAUCAAUUUACCUUUUUUUGGAAAGAAAACAGAAAAGAGUGUUAUGCCAUCUUUUGAAAUUGGAUGUUACCAGUCUGAGGACGACAAAGAAGCAGAGAGCAGAAAUUGAAAAAAUUAUUUAUUUUUGAAAAAAUAUUAACCAAAUUUUAAAAGUUCUGCUACCGAAAAAAAAUUCAUAAAACUAUUUCCCAAUUUUGUAGGUCAACUUCCACAUAAACACAAAUUAGUUAUCGCUGGAAAUCAUGAACUUGGAUUCGAAGAUGGAGAAGAAAUGAACGAGAGACAAUUAGCUGGAUUAUCAAUGCUUGGAAUCAACAAAGCUUAUGAACUUCUGUCAAAUUGUACAUAUCUUUGUGACAAAUCAUAUGAAGCAUAUGGUAUCAAAUUCUACGGAGCACCAUGGCAUUCAAUGCCCGGAUAUUCAUUUUAUCGUCAACGUGGCCAAAAAAUAUUGCAUAAAUGGAAUCAAAUUCCGGCGAAAAUUGAUGUUUUGAUAACACAUACACCACCUUUGGGACAUGGUGAUUUUAAUGCUUGGGAUAAAAUGGAUGGAAUUCUUGCGGGAUGUGCUGAACUUUUGAAUACUGUUGAGCAACGUGUAAAACCCAAAUAUCAUAUUUUCGGACACGUUCAUCAGGUAAAUUUUUUUAAAUAGUAAAAAUUGUACUGUUGAUUUUUGUUCAGAAACACGGUGUCACUUCAAAUGGCGAUACAACAUUCAUAAAUGCUGCCCUUUGUGAUCAUAAACUUCGAAGUGCUUAUGAUCCAAUAAUUUUCGACAUUCCUCUUCCGGCUGGAAAAACAAAACAGUAG